GGUUAUUGCAUUAAGAAGGAACAAAGGAAGAUGUUUGUUUUCCUUCUUAUCCCUGCGGCUACUCAAACUGGAAGAAAAGGAACAGACAAGGAGUCUGGCAGAAAGUCUCCUGCGAGACAAGGAGAUGCCAGAGCCCUUUCCCUGCUCGGAUCUCUCGGGCCUCAGCUGCAGUUUCCGACAGGGCUUUUCUUGCAGUGGGACGCUGCUGAGCAGAGGCGUCACAUCUCCGGUCCUUCUCGGUUUGCAAACAAGCGAGCUUGCCCUUCUGCAAGCAGGCUUGGAAGUAUGGAGCCAUCCCAGAUGAAGCUCUCCAAUGCUAUCCUUGGUCAUGGAGACUAUGAUUCUGAUUUCAGCGACGAUGAAAACAGCAAGAAGUCUGCCCUGGAGAGAAAUAGAAAUGAAGAUGCAUUACUUACAAAGCCCUUCCAGAAAGAAAAACAAAGCAAGGUGGUCCACAGACAGGUAGUCGUGGAUGAAUGGGACAGAGAAGAAGCAAGAAAUCGAAGAUUUCAUUUCAUAGCAAUGGAUGCUUAUGGAAGGCAUAAGAAACUUGUAAAUGACUACAUUUUAUUCUAUGGAGGUAAAAAAGAAGACUUCAAACGUUCAGGAGCAAAUGAUAAGACUGACCUUGAUAUUGUGAGAGAAAACCACAGGUUCCUGUGGAAAGAGGAAGACGAGGUGGACAUGACAUGGGAGAAGAGGCUUAGCAAGAAAUACUAUGAUAAGUUAUUCAAAGAAUACUGUGUAGCAGAUCUGACUAAAUACAAAGAGAACAAGUUUGGGUUUCGAUGGAGACAUGAGAAAGAGGUUAUAUCAGGAAAAGGACAGUUUUCCUGCGGCAACAAACACUGUGAUGAAAAGGAAGGUCUGAAGAGUUGGGAGGUGAAUUUUGGUUACGUUGAGCAUGAGGAAAAGAAAAAUGCUCUUGUUAAAUUGAGGCUGUGUCCAGAAUGCUCUUAUAAAUUAAACUUUCACCACAGGAGAAAAGAAGUCAAACCAAAGAAAAAGAGAGCAAGCUCUGAACAAGGCUCUGAAGUGCUAAAAAGUAAGAAGUCAAAAUUAUCGUCAUCACAAAAACACAAGAAAAAAAAGAAACAUAAAGAUCAAGGGUCAUUCGAAGAAACAGAUGAUUCUGAUAAAGGUUCAGGCAGUAGUGAUGACCAAGAUGGCCCCUCAGAUGGUGAUUUUUGGAAGGGGCCUCUGCAAGACACAACGGAAAAAACACGGGAGGAAGAAUUUGAUGAGUACUUUCAAGAUUUGUUUCUCUGAAAUACAACAUGGAGUUUUUAAUUCCUUUGUGCUUUCACAGAAUCCUCAAAUGAUCAUCGAAUGAGAUACAACUAAUUUUUCUUUAAGUGUGCUUUUAAUUCUAGAUUUCAUAGAAAAUUAUUCAGCAAGUCUUUGCUUGGACUUUUGACAGCAGAGUUUGAUUUUUGUGUUAAUGUGGUCUCAAUAGGAUUAAAAAAAUAUUUACAUUCCAAAGCUCAGCUGAGAUUCCGUUGAUAUUUUUUGCAGGCUUCAGCAUUUGCAAGAUGAAAAGUAACAGGUGCAUAGAAGUUGUUGAAUGUUAUUUUUUUUAAAGCACACCAUGUAUAUUUAUAAAUUAUAAUUGAGUUUAACCCAACAUGUGAUUGUAAACUGAUCUGGGAAAGAGACUGGGAAUAUCUCAAGACUUAUUUGAGGCUGUGAUUCUUCCCUUCUUGGGGGUCAAUCCCCAUCUGCUGGCAUAGAAACCACCAGGUCAUAGCUGCUGUUGGAUGCAAGAAGCCCGAUUGGGCUGAUUUGAAUUUCUUGAGUAGAUUCCUAUGGCUUGCUUGAGUAGCCUCAGCUUUCUAGCAGAAAUGGAGCUGUGUUUCCCAGACCAAACAACUCUCUAUUACUAAAUAUCUUUUCUUCAAACAAUGUAUACAUAUUUUAAUGGCCUACAAAUAUACUCUGUACUACUGCCUACUGACCUGAAGUGACUAGAAGUACACUGAUUACAGUGCCCAUUGGAAUCUGUUGGAAUUUAUUCUAAGUAUUUGGAACUAGUUGAUCAUUUCAGUGUUAUCAUAUUUACAAUGAAAUCUUUUGAAAUACAGGA